UUGGGGGAGAAACGGGGCGGCGCGGCGCUCGUUGAGGGCGCCCAGCAGCUGUUUCCUGUCAGCGCCGCUCUCGCCGCCCGCCAGGCCCCGCUCUCAGGGUUGGGGUUGGAACUACGUGAUCCUUGAGGUCCCUUCCAACCCGGGUCGUUCUGUGAUUCAUUCUGUGAUUCUCAGCACUCAGCCGUCCGCGAUGGGGCCGCCCCGCCGCAGGGUCCCGCCCGGCCCUGCCUGCCGCCCGGCCGCGUCCGCCGGCCCCGUGUUCUCUCUGCACCGUGCAGUUUCCUCAGAGUCUAAUUCUUGCCCUUUAACGAUCGUUUAACCGCUUUGAAGUUAAAUAUGCACAGAAACGCGGUGCCGUACACGCGUACAGACGCCGUGUCGUUUUGAGUAAAGCUUAGUUUGCGUCUCUGAGGAAGGGCACUGGCUUCUCUGCUACUGCAGAGUCUGCUGCUUGGAUAAGGGUGAAGCCAUAAGCUAAAACCAAUUGGGGAUGAUAAUAACUGGAGGGGAUCCUCUCCUCCUGGAGCUCCCCUAGCAAUGGUUUGCUCUGCUUGUCAAGUUUCCCUUUCUGUGUGCAAACGGCACCGAGCAUCAAAGAACUGAAAGUGUAGAACACACAGAAUAAAAUCCAUCUUUAAACUACAGUAGAAGCCCUGCGAGUUUUCCUCAGUGUGGUAAAGUUUACCUGCAUGGAGCCCAGUGUGGGAUUAACUAACAUUGAGCAUGAGUUGUGUUCCCGCUGACAGAGCAAGUGGGGAGAGAGGGAUGGGACCUCAGCUUGUACAAACAGAAUUAUUCAAACCCUAACCAGUGUGGGCAGCCAGCAUGGAUGGAGCCAUUCCUCUCACCCCUCGGCUCUCCUGCUGUGACAGACAAGAUUCAGGCCCUUACAUAAAGUCAUAGAAUUGCUCAGGUUGGAAAGACCCUAAAGAUCAUCAAGUCUAACCACAAUCUAACCAUGCUACCUAACUCUAACUGCAAAAUCAUGUCCCAUAUCAUGCUGUAGCCGAUCUCAGCAAGUAAAUAAAUGGUUAAUAGUGAAACAGUUGACUCUUAUUUUUCCAAGAGUCUGGACAUCUUGCAGAUACCCAGAAUUAAUUCAUGUUGUCAGCCUAGAAAGAGUCAGGUAUGCAGCUGGUAAUUCCCAGGAAAGGCCUAUCAGGAAAGCACAAUGAUUUCAUGGCAGAGUUCACAUUCAGCCAGAUGGACACCUAGAGUUUAGGUUAAAGGUAUUUAGAGAGGCAGAAGAACCCUGUAAGAAGUUAGCUGACAUGGCUCUUGUUGGGUUCUGCUCUUGUCUCUUGCCAUCCCUGCAGGAGACUGGUAUCAGAUGAGUGAAUAGUUCUAAGUGGUACCCAAAUGCUUUGUUCUCAUUAAAAUCAGAUGUUUUCAGUACUUAUUAGUUGUUCUUCCUCUCCUUCGGCUAUUUGUUUUUCUGUAUCUAAGCUUACCCUAUGCAUUCACAGAACCUUCUGUUCCUGGCUCUGCUUUGCUGUUUAAACCUGGGCAAAUCACUUGCGCCUUUGUGAGCUGCAUUGUAUGUCGUGAAACAGAUCCUUGUGUGUUUGCAAUAGGUCACUGAUGUCACUGCUCAGGUUAAGAAGUGUUACUUUUGCAGAUUGUCCAGAUACUAGAGGAAAGUAUCUGUGAAGGGAGAUGUUCUGUUGCAUCUGCUUAUCUACUGUUCAGUUUUACAUGAAAGUCAUUUGCUUUUCAGAGCGUGAAAGAAAAUGGAUUUGGCCAACCAUGGACUUAUUCUGCUGCAGCAACUAAAUGCUCAGAGAGAGUUUGGUUUCCUGUGUGACUGCACGGUUGCUAUCGGCGAUGUCUACUUCAAGGCACACAAAUCGGUCCUUGCUUCUUUCUCCAACUACUUCAAGAUGCUGUUUGUUCACCAAACCAGUGAAUGUGUCCGUUUGAAAGCAACCGACAUACAGCCAGAUAUCUUCAGUUAUCUCUUGCAUUUGAUGUACACUGGGAAGAUGGCACCACAGCUCAUUGACCCAGUUCGACUAGAGCAGGGAAUAAAGUUUCUGCAUGCGUAUCCACUAAUUCAGGAGGCCAGCCUUGCAAGUCAGGGAACUUUUUCUCACCCGGAUCAAGUUUUUCCAUUAGCAUCUUCAUUAUAUGGCAUUCAGAUCGCGGAUCACCAGAUCAGACAUCCCGCUAAAGUUACAUCGGCAGCUGACAAACUCGGGCGAGAACCAAGGCCACAGACUUCCCGCAUGACCCAAGAACAGGUUUCUGAAGGCUCACAGCUCUCACAGUUACCUACAACUCUGCCACAAGUCAGCAGGACAAAUAUGGCCGCUUCCGACCAAUUGCCAUCAUCUUUAUCUCCAGAAUUGGUAUCUGCUGCUGGUAAUAAUUCACCCGCGGGAGAGGAAGCCAACAUGGAAGCAUCUUCAGACGAACAGCCUGCAUCACUCACGAUAGCACACGUCAAGCCAAGCAUCAUGAAAAGGAAUGGAAGCUUCCCCAAGUACUAUGCCUGCCACCUCUGUGGUCGCCGCUUCAAUUUACGAAGUAGCUUGCGUGAACACUUGCAGAUCCACACGGGAGUUCCCUUCACGUCCAGCCAGCAGGGAGAAAGUAACGUUUCUUUGUCUCUCUGUAACAACACGGCUGAGAAGGAUGCUAUGGAAGUGCCUGAAGCUGGGAUGAUUAGUGACAGUGAGCUGCAGCAGAUCUCAGACUCUCCAAUAAUCGAUGGGCAGCAGCAAUCAGAGACGCCUCCCCCCUCGGAUAUUGCAGACAUAGACAACUUGGAGCAGGCAGAUCAAGAGAGGGAAGUAAAAAGACGGAAGUAUGAAUGUUCCAUCUGCGGUCGUAAAUUUAUUCAGAAAAGCCACUGGAGGGAGCACAUGUACAUACACACUGGCAAACCCUUCAAGUGCAGCACUUGCGACAAGAGCUUUUGUAGGGCUAACCAGGCUGCCAGACACGUGUGCCUAAACCAGAGCAUGGACACGUACACGAUGGUGGACAAACAGACUCUGGAGCUCUGUACUUUCGAGGAAGGCAGUCAAAUGGACAACAUGCUAGUACAGACCAACAAGCCCUACAAAUGUAACUUGUGUGACAAAACAUUUUCGACUCCCAAUGAAGUAGUCAAACAUUCGUGCCAAAAUCAAAACUCUGUCUUCACGCUAGAAGAAGAUCGCUCCAUUCUGCUGGGUGGUGGGGACACGGAAGCCACAGAGACUGAUAAUGCAGUGUUAGCCUCCAUCAAAAAGGAGCAGGAAGCAGUGUUGUUAGACUGAAUGUGAAAUCUAUAUCAAUUUUCUAAAGUUUCUUUACUCAUUUUUAUUAAAUCAAUUUUUUCUUCCCCUUGCCUCUUACCUCACUUUCCCCCCCUGCCAUCUCUUCCGCCAACUUUCCCACCCUUUGUCUUCAGCAACCAGAACUGUACUGGCACAUUAGGAAAUUGGACUUUGCCUCUCCCACCAAAACAAACAAAAAGCUCUUGCAUCAAACUACAACAUAAUUGAUUUUAAUACAAAGGAACACGUGAAAAAUAAUCCAGCUAACUAUGUUGACAGUGUUAGUUAAUCCAAAUUUAAUAGAUUUUAAAUGAAAUUUAGAUCACUCGAAGGUGUAUUUAGAUACAGUGAUGACUGUAACAAGGAACAGAGUAUCAGCUUGGUAAGCGAGGAAUAUGUUAUAUAUAUAUAUUAGUUUCCCUGGUAAAAGAAGUCUGAGAAGAUCUGGCUAUUUAAACACCGUGCUUUUUAGAACUCCACAUGCACAUCGAUUAAGAUAAUAACUUAAAAAUCUCCGAAUUUUUCCUCACUGAAGUGAAUGCAAAAAGUUGUUAGUUGGGUUAAAAAGAGCUGAGAGCACCGAGUUCCUUUUAGCCUUAUAUUUUCCUUCAAGUCUGCCUUUGAGUAUCUGUUUCAGAUAGCAUGAUUGAUUCAAGCAAAGUAGUUACUUAGUCAAAUUUUGACUUAAGUAGCUGUAAUAAUAAUGUGAUGGCAAUCUUUAUAUAUAUAUAUAUAAACUAUCGUAUAUGUAUAAAGAUUUAUAUAUAUAUGGAAAGUGUUUGUGUGUAUAUUUGGUACAGGUAAAUAAAUGCACACAUCCUUUUUAAGCAACUGGCCGUCUGCUCUCCAGUUCAGCCCGGAAAGUAUUUUAGUUGUCUGACUAAAGUAGUCAUUGCACAGAUUUUAAAUCAAAUGGGAAACGACCUGAGCUGUGUGCAUUUUUAUUGGCCUGUAGAACAGAAGCUGUUGGAUAAGUGUCGUCACCCAGGAUACAAAGGAAACCAGAGAAGCGACAGCCCAGUGGGCGCUGUACCCUCAUCAGUGCAGCAUGUGCACGUGUUGUUAGGUAGAGAUUUGAGUCAUUCCUGAUGAGAGGAGAGAGAAAAACGUCAUUGCCUUACUGGGGCAAGGAAAGUCCAUGGUUUCAUUUGGUAUGAUUGCGUGAGGUAAGAUGAAGAAAAAGCGGUUACAGAGAUGUUCUAGCAAUGGGGGAAUCAUGGUUGUUUUAAAGUGAAUCUGUAGUUUUGACUGGCAAAUUCUGCUCUUUGAGAGUCCCAUUAUUUUCAAAGCCAAAGUCCGCAAAAAACGGCAAGGAUGAAUUAUGUAAUUUUAGUUACUGAUGAUGAUAGCACUGUGUCUUUGUGUUAAAAAUCAAGUUGUUGAUUCUUAUUAUUUUAUAUGAAACGCCCAGAUGUUUUGCUCCUAGCAUAAAAAACCAAACUGACAGCCUCAAUGGAGUCCACCCAGCAAAUACUGGGCCAGCAGAAGGUUGAAACGGACAGAACAAAGUGCCCCAUGGUAAAUGGAGGCGCUGUGCUUUGGGGGGAGGGGUGGGAGAGGGCAAGUCACAAACCACAGCUCUUCUCUGUGUAUACAUUUAAACUGAAUAUCAUUUUGUGUAUAGUUAAGUUCUCAGAUUUGUAAGUUUUUAUACAUCAUUUCAUUGAAUAAAAACUGAAUUAAAGGGAAUGUGAUUUAUUGAGUUGCAGGUGAAAGGCUGUUGGGUUUUACCUUCCUGAAAGAAUUCUUAUCUAACAAGUAUAAAAGCCAGGCAAUGUAUUCUGCAUUCAGAAUAAAACCUCUUUCAUACA